GCAUAUGUACAUAAAUGCCACUUGGCUUCAGUCAAAGUGAGUCAAUAAACUUGAACAUCAAGAAAUAUUUUAUUUUGUAGUUGAUUUACAUACGUACGUAGCCAAAAUGGUGUCUCCAAUUGCAUAUUUAAAUUUCGGUGUUCUGUGUCUGGCCCAAACGUGUUAUUACAAACAAGUACACUUGUCUUAUGGAAAUAAUGUAAGCGAAGUUAUUGUAACUUAUUCAACGUUCGACACAGUUUCCGUCUUGCAACCUACCGUUUGGUACAAAGAAAACAAUACGGACGAUAAGUAUCGGCAAGUCUUUGGGACUGCUUCUCUGUUCGUGGAUGGAGGCCCCAAAAAACACAAACAAUUUAUUUCAAGGGUUAAACUGACGAAUUUGAAACCUGAUACAUCCUACCUUUAUUAUGUUCGAUUGGUGAAUAUGAGUAGACAGGCGUAUUCGUUCAGGACACCGAAGCCGAAUCCGUCUCUGGUAAUAUUUGGCGAUUUGGGUAAAGAAAAUGCCCAAUCGCUGGAUAGACUGAUCAAGGAUACACAGUCCGGAAUGUAUGAUGCAGCUUUGCAUGUAGGGGACUUCGCUUAUGACAUGGAUUCGGAUAACGCGGAGGUUGGUGACGCAUUUAUGCGACAAAUAGAACCUGUAGCUGCUUACAUUCCGUACAUGACUUGCCCAGGGAAUCACGAGGAGAAGUAUAAUUUCAGUAACUACCGAAACCGCUUUUCUAUGCCUGGUGGCAGGGACAUUCCCUACUACAGUUUCAAUCUUGGAAAUCUACACAUCAUCUCUAUAUCCACAGAAGUAUAUUAUUUCAUCAAUUAUGGCAUCAAAGAAAUGGUUAAUCAAUACUAUUGGUUAGAAAGUGAUCUCAAGGAAGCUAACAAACCCGAAAAUCGUAAGAAACAGCCCUGGAUAAUAAUCAUGGGACACCGACCGAUGUACUGCACCAACGAUAAUCCAGCAGACUGCAAAAGACACUCCACGUUCACCAGGGUAGGAAUUCCCUACUUUCACAUAUUUGGAUUGGAGCCGUUGCUUUACAAAUAUGGUGUCGAUUUGGCCAUUUGGGCUCACGAACAUUCUUACGAACGUUUAUGGCCUAUAUAUAACUAUCAUGUUUACAAUGGUAGCAUUGACGAGCCCUAUAGAAACCCCAUGGCUCCGGUACAUAUAACUACAGGGUCAGCUGGGUGCAAAGAGGGAAGAUCGCCCUUCAAUAACAACACCUGGCCGGCGUUUUCGGCUUUUAGGAGCAGUGACUAUGGAUACACAAGAUUCAAAUCCUACAAUAACAGCCACGUUUACUUGGAACAAGUAUCUGACGACAAAAAUGGAGACAUCAUCGAUUCCUUCUGGAUCAUUAAAGAAGGAAAGAAUGGACCCUACCCGAAGUUCUAUAAUUCUUCCAUGGAUUAAUUAUUUUUGGCAUUUUUUAAUACAUACGAAAGUUUAAAAUUUAUGUUCUAAGACCAUAUGUGUAAUUUAA